AUGUGGUCCCGCUGUCGCCGAAGCAGUAAUUUCUCGAGUGUCAUGGGGAGGCUUCGAGACUCCGAUUUGCGGAGCCAGCUGGAUGUAGCUAGCAACGCCAAGAGUUUCGUCGGUUCAACAGUAUCUGCUCUUCCGGUACAGGCAGAACCACACCAACGGGGAGAAGGAGGUUUCCGACCCUUCGCGUACAGGUGGAGGCAUCCUUUUUCGUCUCAUGUUGGAGGGCGAAACAAUCCUGGAACAUCUUCUCUCGCAGGAGACCGCGGCAUCGGAGCCAGCUCGAUAAAUGCUUCCUGUGCGUACUUGGAUGUUCCCGGGGCCGUCAGCCGAACCUACUCGCAGCAAGGAUCUUUCCUGUACGGGCCGUCUGGCCCGCGAGGCCCGCCAGGAGACGAUGCUCCCCCCGGGUUUCGCGCGUUCGACCUGGUUUCGAAAGCGACUCCGUCAAAAAUGAUUGAAGAGAGACCGCAAGACGACGAGAAAGAAGAGCCAGACAGCGACGACGAAGAACGUGACCAGCCGGAGUGUGUUCGUGUGUGUCGCAAGUGGAUUCAUGCAGUCUUUCCGGACUCGUAUCCUCUUCUUUGGUUUGUCAUUCAAGCUUCGGUGUGUUUCGUGCUUCUUCUCGUGGGGCUGGGUGACGGAAGCAACAGCAGUCGCAGCGACUACGCUCUCGGAAAACUGGAUUUCCACUGGAUGCCCGGAGAAGACGUGACUGAUGAUGCUCGACCGAAGCCUCACAUUAUUGGAGAUAUCGACAACGAGAGGCUCCUCCUGAACGGCUCUUUUGUCUUCAUCUGCGUUACCCUGUUGAACCUCGGCUUCUGGCUUUGCACAAUGGCGGUUCGUGUCAUCGUUGUUACCGGCCUACUGAAUCUGAUUUGCUACGAACGCCCAGCAGCGACAGCCUUUGCCUCGACUGUUGACCCCGAAAUUUUCUAUGUGGCGUGGAGCGUCUUCAUCUACGCCUUCUGGCGAGGUCACGCCCGCUCGAGUCACCUUGUUCUGGUUCCCAAUAGCCAGGAGAAGGCAGACAUCGAAACCCUCACCUUUUACCGGCUUUUUGGCGAUGAAAGGUUUUUCACCCAAGACAUGCUGCGAGCGAUCAAUCUGACGAAUGUCGUUUAUCUUAUUCUUUCUGUGCGUCGCGCCGUCCUCGCUCUCAUGCUCUUUUUCUUCGAGCUCGGGUUUCUGAUGAACAUGAACUCACAACUUGUUAACUACUUGACCAAAUAUGCUCGGAUCCGCAAACUGAAUGCGAAGUGGUCGCGUAGCACCCCUCAAGAGUGGCAUCGACCGACGCAGUCCGCUGCGUCUGUGUGUAGCCUUGAAGAAUGUGAACAGAGAGACCUUUUCUCUCAGGGGUUCGAGGCGCAGGAGCGCACGAGGCGCGAAAAUGUAGGCGAGUUUAUGUUUCAAGAAAGCCAAGCGAACUUCGAGACGAAGCGUCAGCGCAGCGUCCUCAGCAAUUCAUGCGUCCUGGAUAAAACCAUGUUCUCUGGAGAAGAAGGACACCCGGAAGAGAAUGGGAGAAAGCCGGGCAAGGAGAAAAGUCCGAGAGUUGGAGGCGAUUCGUUCUCCGAGGAAGAAGGCGAAGUUGGUCGGGAGCUCGCCCACGAGUGGGAGGGCGGACAAGACGAAAUGAAAGACGUUACUCUUUCUCUCCGCGUCUCUAGGGAGGAGAAACGACAAGGAGACGCCUUAUUCGUGCCCCCGCAAGAUGAUGAAGGAGAGAACGACGAAACGAUAUGGGAAUCCCGAGCAGGCCGCGCGUACGAACGCGAAAAGCAAGUUUGGAGUGUUCGAGAGAAGCUCGCAGGUGUCUGGAGAGCGGCUUUUCGCUUCCUUGGAUUCCACGAGAGCAUGCGGAGAGUCGGCGAAGGGCCGCUUAACCUCUCCGCUCGCAGGCGCAGAAAUUCGAGUCUGCACGGCCUACAUUUGCGUCCACUUUUCUUCCCGGCGAAACGUCGGCCGGACUUUUUGGAUACACCUAAUUUCGGGCAGCCGCCACAACAGCGCCUGGAGGAUCUGCUAGCGGACAGAGAAGGCCACGAAGAGCGAGAAAGAGAAACCGGAAGGGACAGAGGAGACGGCGGGGCUCCAGCGCCAGGCGAAGGCGGAAGACCCCCUGGGAGAGGCUCUUUCUUCCCUGGCCUCCGUGCGCACCACCAACGACCCAUGAGUGCCUUCCGCAUUCGACACUCGCUGACCAAAAAACGAAUCGACCAAGAAGUCAGUGGACAAGGUUUGCCACGACCACUGAAGGCGCAAAGCAUAGAGGCGACGAAAACAUCGAAAGUUCAGAACUGGCUGCUGAUUCAGUACGCACUCCACUACCCACCUGCGUUGUUUAUCCACGGAAGGCGGAUCGCUCUGACGAACAAGGAAAUCACGGGGACAAUUGCGGAACUUAUUUUUAAUCAACUCGUGAAGGAAAACGCUCGACCGCAAACGUCCCGCUCCGCCUCGCUUCUCCCCGAGCUGAACCAUGCCCCUUGUCCCGGUGAAAGUCCACCAGAAAGCAAAGAAUACCUCCAGGCCUCACCGGCUCCCGCCUGCAACGAGCCAAAAGAAGACACAGAAAAGCUUGGAACAGAGAAUCGAGGCACCGAUAAACUAAAUACAGAAAGGCUGACCACAGGAAGGCUGAAAGCAGAAGGGCAAAAUAUCGAAAGGCCCACCAGAGAGAAGCAGAACACAGACAAGCUAAACACAGAGAGAUUCACUGCAGAGAAGCCAAACACAGAAACUCUAACAACAGAAAGGAUAAACACCGGAGACCUAAGUGCAGAAAAGGAAAACAUCUGUAGGAUAAGUACGGAAAGGCGAGAAAGCCGAGACACAGAAGCAGACCGUAUCACAGGUGUGAAGAGCGGGGGAAUAUCAGACACGAGUGAGGAAAGCUGUCAGAGCAAAAGCCAUAGAACGAUUCGCGGUAGAUAUCCUGCAGAGUGUCGGGAGGUUCGUUGUGACGGAAAUCCCCGCAGCGAAACGACCACCAGUUGUUCUUUAGCGCGUCCGGUUCAUGGAGAACGAGUACCUGCGAAUGACGGCAGUGAGAGCAGUCAGGCAUUUGAGAAAAAGGGUCACAAUUUGCAUAGAUGCAUUUGCAGCAGCAGCCCAGAGCGUGAAAUCGAGGGAAGCGCCGGAGCGAGCAGAAAGCACAGCGGUCUUCGCAGUGCAAGAAGAACAGAGGAAACACUCAAGCAGUUCCGUGGAAAACACGACGACAGACACCACGCGACUUCUAGGAGCCGCGGUACGGACACCUGGCACCUUUCCACUGAUGCGUCUCGGCAGGGUCCCUGGGUAGCGAGUCCCGAGACAGAACGUUCACGAAACGAAGCGACAAAUGAGCACCAACCAAGAGGGUUUGACGAGUUAGUCCCGUCUAGAUCGCGAACGAGGAAAACUGGUGGAGAAGCAGUGGCUGGCACACCAUGCUCGGGGAAGUUUCCCUCCCCUCGAAAUUCCGCAGAGACAGAACAGACACUCCAUAGAAAACCACAGCGAGAGCAGGAAGGUCACACAGGUUGUUCGCAUGCUUUGGAAGAAAACGACUUCAGAGCAGCAGAGGUCGAGCCUUCGUUUGCAGACGCGCCAACGCUGUCCGCGCUGCCGCUACCUACCAAACGAAAGAUCCAGGCCUGCCCAUACACCGGAAGAGACAACGAAACAGAGGGCACAACGCGGGGAGAAGAGAGGGCAAGGGGGGCGGGGAGACGAGGAGUGAAGGGAGCAGAGGGCAGGGAAGAUGAAGCAGCCAUCAGACGAGAACAGCGGAGACUUGACAGAGGGAAGCAGGCCGUCAAAACCGGGAGAGAGCGCAAGUCAAGUAAAUCCCCGUCGAACGGGCUUCGCCGAGCAGCAGAGAGGGAAAACGAAGCAGAAGAACCCAAAGAGGAAGACGAUGGAAAAGAGGUCGUAGGAAUAAAAGGGGUGAAGGGAAAAGGUGGGAGAAGCAUCGAGACAAGCACCAAAAAAGAACACACCAGACAGAGUGGAGACGCAAAUGAAGAAGACGGGGUUGUAGCGGCGUUUAUGGACGCCUUUGAAAGGCGGACAGGUGGAAGAGGACAGAUCUCCAGAGAAGACGAAGAAGGGCUGGAGGGCAUCGUUGUCUCCCGAUGUUGCGUCUCGUCAUUUCUCGCUCUGCCCCAAGAGCCACCACAUGAAGCAGAAGCGUCCAACUGCCACAGCAGAGCCGAAGCAUGCGGCGUGACAUCCCUCUCGCCCUUCACGGCGAGGUCCGCUUUUGAAAAAAAUGACGUAGAUGAGGAAGAACGAAUGCGCGACGAGAAGGAAAUGGAUGCCGAUAGCUGUCGUUACACCUCGAGGGUUGCCAAGAACGCAGUUGCUCCCAGCCCCAUUGUCUACCCUUUAGCGGGGUGGAGACAUCACCGAGUCGCUCCCAUUUCCAGCUGUUCUGAACAGACGACCGGAUGUAGGCGGCACGCGAAGCCCGGGGAACACGAGGAAUUGGGAACAAUUGAGGGACAGAGAAAGAAGCGCGAGUGCUGUGGAAGCGCCUUUCCAUCCCUCGAUGCAGAAACAGGAGUGAGCCGACUGAGAUCCGAUGGGCCCACGUGUGAGAGGAACAGAAACCGACGGCAGAAGAGGUUUUCUGCCGAGGCUUUUCACUGCCAUCCCCCCUCGCCUUUCCACACUUCCCCCUCCUCUGCGCCUUUGUCUGCCCCGUAUGUCCAGGAGAGGGAAGAAGGGACAAGUGCGCCUUCUCGCCGACUUGCCCCGAAGUCUUCGCUAUCCUAUUUGUCUGCAUGUUCCGCCUCACCUGCCUCUUCGUUCUCUUCUCAUUCCCCGUGUUCCCCCACCUCCGUUUCUCCAGUGAAUCCGACGCUCACGGCCGAGGCUGGGAAGAGCGGGGAAAAGGAGACGCCUUUGAAAACACAAACAGAACAGUACUCGGUGUCUGGUUCUGCAGACCUCAAUUCGCGGCCGGCGAAUCCUGCACAGGGACGUACAUUUCAGGUGCAGUCCGGAGCCGUCGAGUCGCAUGCUUCUGCUUCCGAUCGCAAUUGUGCUCCUCUGCCAAUGCAAUUGGACUCCCCCGCAAAACACGGAUAUCUUCUCUUUCCGGCUGAAGCACAAAGCGAGAGAACACUAGCACAUGAGUACGCAAAUCCACUCGAUUUGACCUGUGCGCAGAAAACUGGAAAGGACGUACCCGAUUCGUCCUCAGGUGUAUUCACAACGCAAGCCCCGUCAGCCCAUGCUGUCUCCUCAUGUGUAUGUACACCCGAAAAGGUGCGCGCCAGCUUCCCUCCUCGGAAUCAGCCCGCCCCGCGAAAGGCACAUUCAAACGACGAGCUACAUUCUGGAGGACUAGAGCAUUCCUGUGGAACGUCAACUGCAGCUGUCGGUGGCUUUCUGGCAAGUGUGUCCACACGGGAGCUGGACACCGGUGUGAAAGGCAAGGUGGCCACAGAAAGUAAUUCAUGCGCGAAAGCAAUGUUGGCGUCGAAUGUGACGGCUGAGAAUCAGGGGAAAGAGGAAAAAUUGCGGCCAGUAUCUGAAAGAAGUGCUUCAUCAAGGGUCUCGUCAAACGCGGAUAAUUUACUAUGCGUGCCAAGAAGCCCGCUAGACGCAGAGAGCAAGAAAGGAGGGACAAGCAGAAAUAGCGGAGACGUCGGGCUCGUGGAAGGAGUUGAGGGGUUUGCUCGAGAAGAACGUGGUGACGAGACACUUGCAGCUGGCGGCCGGAGACUCGCAACUUCCUCCUUCUCAUCAUCGGUGUCUGGUUCCUCUCCACUUCCGGUGACACCGAGUUCCUCAUCGCGUGACCCGCAUUUGUCUGCUACCAGAGUAGGCCACUCUCGUUCCUUUUCGUCUCUCACUCAGUACCACUCUUCCUUCAACGCGUCGCCUUCUCUCUCUGCGUCUUCUUUGUCGUCCUCGUCGGCUCUUCUCCUCGCGGCCAUCUCCAGCCUGCCUGCCGCCUCCUCAGUGCUCACCCUCGCUCCUCCCGCGACCUCAUUCCUCGUGUCCUCUUCCUCGUUUUCGACGCUGCCUCAGACCCCCGCGAAGACUGCAAUGCUUCCCACCAACAGACCACCACCGUUUCCCACGCAGGCUCCGCCUCAUCUCUCCUCCCCCCUCUCUGACUUCCCCUGUGGUCCGGCACUUACCUCCCCUUCUGCCUCUUCUCCGGUCUCGGUCUCAGGUGUGAAAAGUGUUCGUCCCGUCGGGUCUUCUUAUUCGCCUGGAGAUCCUCCUCAUGUUCGUGCAGCCCCCUCCGCAACUGACAACUCCCCUACUGGUGCAGCAGCUUCAGUUUCCACUGUGCUGCCUGGUUCUGUAAACUCUCAUCCUUCUUCUGCCUCCCGCGACAGAGAAGAAACGCCCAACGCUCCCUCUGACCUCCCUCUGCGCAAAGCGACAGACUCACGUGUCGUCCCCUUCACGACCACGUCGUCCUCAGGAUCCCUCGAUGAACGAGAAAGUCGCACCCAGUCCUCUGCUGCUUUCCAGCCACCUUCCUGUUCUUCGUCUCCUCCUUCUGCGUCUUCCUCAACUCUCCCUAAAAUGACAGGCUCCUCCAGGUUCUCGUGCUUUCCUUCCCCGACUGGCCCGGCCUUUUUCAGUCUCUCGUCAAGCGCGAACGGAGAGGCCCGGCCUGAGGGGAGUAUUGGCUUUUUGGAGAGGGCUGUACCCGUGGGUGCUGGAACGAGAAGGGAAGGCGAAUGGGGAGAAGUUCUGCAAGGUUCACAGAGUUCGAGUGGCGCACGAAGUCGCAGCCCGUCCUUAAACGUGAAGAAGACACGAAGCGAUAAUGUACCGGCGGAUGCAGGCAACUCCGCCGCUGAGGAGGGCAAUAUACGUAAUGAAAAAGCGGAUUCCUUGGUAGGGGACUCCACGAGGAAACUCGGAAAAUUCAGCGAAAAAACAAGCAAGUCCGGCGAAGACGGAAGGGAAGUGAAGGCCGUGAAUGGGGCUGCCAAGCUCGACGUCGCCUCUGGGCAGACAGGAGGCACCACUGGGUGGUGUGCAAGCAGCAGCAUUGCCAGACACAGUGUAGAGUCUGUAGACGAGCCAGAAAAGAAGGAACAAGAAGAAGCGUAUCUUGGCAGAGAGACAAUCGAGCUCUAUCUACGUCCUGAAGAAGCUGAGGAAUUCAUGAAGCAAGUCGACUUCGCAGGGCACGGGAAAAUCAACGCGGAAAUGUUUAAACGCGCGAUGCUGAACAUCUACAACGCCCGCAAGCGCCUCGUUCGCGGCCUGCGUAGUCAAGGAAGCGUCGCGUCUACAGUCCUGCGAAUGAUUUCGCUGCUUCUCUGGUUCGUAUGUGCAGUUGUGAUGCUCCUCGUCAUUGGUGUGGAUAUGAACACAGUCAUCGUCUCCGGCGCCGCCUUUCUCUCGGCUCUUACUGUCGCCCUCAGCUACUUGUACCAGCACUUCAUCACAGCAGUCAUUUUCGUCGCGUUAACGAAUCCGUAUAACGUGGGAGAUCGCAUUCGCGUUGACGGGGGUGAAAUCCUCACUGUCAGGAAAAUCCGAACUUACACAACAGAGUUCGACACUGUCCACGGUCGACCAGUUAUCUACAGCAAUUCAGUUCUUUUUUCGAAGGUCUUGACCAACGAAUCACGAGCAAAAAACAGCGUCCUUGAACUCAAGCUACGCGUCGGCAUCGGCACGCCUCACUGCCUCAUCAAAGCUCUGGAGACAAAAAUGCGGAAAUUCGUGGAACAACGCCCCAUGGAUUUCGUGAAGGAUUCGUUCUGGGUUGUGGUGCACCACGUACAGCCUGGAGAAAGUAUAGAUUACUCCCUCUGGAUGGCAUGUGUGGAAGGGUGGGGAAACUACCGGAAGGUGUUGGAUUUGCGCAGCGAGGUGUACUUUUACCUAGCCAAGCAGGUGACGAAGCUCGGGAUUUCUUUCCACCUUGCUCCGCAGCCCGUCUCGAUCACAAAUGACCCUGCUCCUGUACUUCAUAUGCGACCUUUGAUUCGAAAUACCUCACCUUCUUCUCCGCCACGAAUAACGUACAUGCGCACUGCGGGUCCUGUACGCCACGCGUCGGGUCACAGCAUGCCACCGCAGCCUCCGACGCAUCGGUCUGCAAGACAAGUUCUGGACGGCAGAGGCAGCAACGGCCGAGAUCCUUCACAGUGUGGGCUAGGCGGAAGCACCUCGCAGACUCAGGCGCUCUCUUUACCGCAAAAGUUUCAGACCUCACCGGUAAUCCCCGCAGAAGAAGGGGGAGGCCUAGGCAGCAUGUCGGGUCCAUCUGGUGCGAGCUACUCCGGUCAACAAAAUGCAAACGGCACGAACUCUGGACAGCGGAGAAGAAAGUCGACCGGGCAGCACGAUGGGCCUGGGCGGACGCAGCGGAUUAAGACAGAAACGCAGACUUUCGGAUGA